CUACAUCCAACCCAUCUUCUUUGAGCAUCAAUGUUUACCUACCUCCUAUCGAAUGCAGCGUGCACGCAGCGGGUAGGCGAGAUCGAUCCUGCAGAGGAAGGCUAACUAAAGGCUGGUAGAAGGGUGGUGGUGUUGGUGGUGGCAAUGUCUAUAGACCGACUCGAAUUCGACUCUACCGCUCGAGCUAUGGCAACCCCGACCAUAUCCGCCGGUUGGGCUCCCCCCGACCAGGCCUGUUUGCGGAUAAACGACUACUGGAUAUGGGAUUAUCAAGCGCCGAGAGAUGCGCGAACAGUGCUCGGGGGGCCCUCGCAGAUUACUGACUGCCUCCCGACUCCGUGGGCUUCCGCCGUCACCUACGAGGCCACCGGAUGCCCUCCCCAGUACACCUCUGCUUGUCGGGGGCCGGACUUCAACGCACCGGUGACGUGUUGUCCUACUGCCUAUAGCUUUAGCUGCCUACCUCAGUCUCUACAUACCGGGCCGCACGCCAUCCAAUUCCGUUGCCAGUCGCGGCACGCUGCCAGCGGCAAUAUAGUCGUCACGCGGACCGCCUUCGCGGCCAAUACUAUCGCCGCCGAGUCGCGAGUCCGCAGCACCAACGAGCACCUGUUCGCGCUAGCCUUGAUGUACACGACGCCGGUCCGUUCCUACCGCUUUUCUUCCUCGCUCGCAGCGCCUUGCUGACCCGUAAGCACAGACCGCGACGACCAGCUCUACGAUCGCGGCUACCACCACGCCGGGUAGCGAUUCCGAGAGGCCGCCGGCUCAAGAGUCUUCGUCCCUCACCGCGGGCCAAGCCGCAGGCGUCGGCGUGGGCGCGGCCGUUGCCGUCAUCCUCGUAGCAACUUUGGCUUGGUUUUUAUGGCGCCG